AUGUUGAACCUGAUUAUAGGAAAUGAGCAUAAGAGCAGACUCAUUGCACAGAUAGAUAGAAGGGCCGAAGAGAUACGAAAGAGCAAUUUGCACUUGAAUGCAGAUGAUGAAGCGCACUUUGUGAUACUUAAUCCAAGCAAAGCAAUGUAUGUAGAUACGUAUCAAAGAGAUGCAAAAGUAAGCAUUGUACUGACAUGGUUUGCAGUGGUGAUGUUCAUUGUCUCGUCUGUAAUUCUAGUAUUCAUCAUGAAAAACAUAGGUGUUAUCUGA